AUACAAUUUAAAUAAGAAAGUUUUUAAAUAUGAGUGAAAAAUUUGAGUUUUAUCCGUCAGAUACAAAUUUAACAAGUAUAAGUCAACGGAUUCCAAAUAAACACGUCCCUUCUAAACCAGCAAUUAUGCCAGAUUUUCCCAAAAUCGAUUUAUGUCAAACAAAUUGGCAACAAGAAGAUGCAAAUAUAUUAUCGUCGAAAAUCGCAUCGGCUAGUGUGCCAAAUAACGAUAGCGAUAAGGAGAAUGAUUCAUAUAAAUUAAUGCCACCGCCAACCGUUAACGAAAUUGAAUUUUUUUCAUGGACUCCAUACCUGAAUAGGAAUUUACAGAUUGCAGUUAAAGGACAAACUAAAGAUGGUUUUGAACGUGGACGUUCGAUUCAAAAAAGAUUAUCCAAUACGGAAUUGCUUGACAAAGGCUAUAAUAAACAAAAAUUACGAGGAACAAUCUCAAUAAACAAAGAUUUACCAAUGUAUAUAGUAGAAAAAUUUAAAAAUGGUUUCCCUGAAGAUUGGGAAACAGUUACUGCUACAUGGGCAGAUUACGUUCGGUUACAAAAACCAAACGAUUUUCAUUGGCCCCAAUCUAUAUCGGAUUUAAAUGAUGAAAUUAAUGACAAUCAAUCAGAAUAUUCGAAUAAAACUUGCGAUAGUAUAAUAUCGCACGAAAAUUCUACAUUAGUUCAAGACGAACCUUCUAAACGGUUUAUCAAUAAUACGUAUAAGUUAGUUGAAAGUUCCGAGGAACAAGUGAAAAUUUUAUCAAAUGUUUUAAUAAAAAAAUCGAAUUUAGAAAAACAAUCGCAAAAUACAGAAAAUAUAGUUUCCCAAUUACAAAAUCAACAAAAUGAUUGCUUAUUAGAAACAGUUAACGAAUUUAAUGAAAAUUCGCACUCAAAUGAUUCGGUCACGAAUAAUAGAAAACGAAAUCAUUCAACUGAAAAUAGUUCGAUGUCGGAAGAUAAUAAGAAUAAAAGAAUUAAACUUGCUAAAGUAGUUAAAUCAAUUGAGGGUUUAAUACAAAAUCUUAUUCAAUUAAAAGAUCAAAUUAUUGAUAUUGAUAGUGAAAGGGCGAAAGAACAAACCGCAAUUAAAUCUACCCAAACGGAAACGUUUGAAAUAAAUACAACAGAAAUUCCGGAAAUAAAAACUCCAUCAUUACCAAUAAGUCCUGAUAUAAUGGGUAUUCCAAGUAAAAAAUCCUCUCUAGUAAGCUCGACACGUUCUGCGUAUUUAAGAAACCGUAAAAUACGUAGAAAAAGUAAAAAUAUUUUACAUCAAAGUACUCAGAGUAGAAAUUUCGGACUAAGUAAUGAAAAAGUUGUCGAAAAUACGUCAUCAUCUGAAAAUCAAAGUUUCGAAACAAGUAAAACAUUAAUCGAUAUUGAUUUUACUCCGAAACGUACACUUGAAAGAUCUCCUAAAAUGAAAAAAUAUACGAAAAUUUCUACAAAUAAAAUGGAAGAAUACUCAAAAAAAAAUUAUCGCAAAGAGGCAAUCGAUUCACAAAAGGAUAACGAAAAUGAUACAAGAAAUUCAUUUGUAUGGGAAGGUCCCUAUAAUGUAAAUCAAAGUAAUCUAAAUAAAUUUGAAACACCUUUCGAAAAUAAUUCACCAAUAACCGAAUACGAUAUUGAGAAAAUCCCCCAGAAACGUGCGGCCAGUAGGUCGUUACCGUUAACUGAAAGAAGAAAAAUUACGAAAAUUUCGAGAAUAUUCAAACCACAAUCAUCUGAUUCGGGAUUAUCCAAGACAAUAAUUCCAGAUAAUGUAACAAUCGAGAAUAAAACUUUGGUAAGAUCGUCAGCCGAAAACGAUCCAAGAAAAAUUUACAACGAAAAAAUCGACUUCCAAAAAGAGAACGAAGGUGUUUCAAGUUUAUUUGUAUCCAAAGGUACCCAUAGUGUUCAUCAAAACAAAUUUCAAACAAAUUUAAAACCAGGUAAUGAAAUCCCACAGAAACGUGUGAUCGGAAGGUCAUCAUCGUUAAAUGAAAGGAGACACUUUACGAAAAUUUCAAGAAUAUCAAAACAAUCUGAUUCGGGUACUUUGGUAUCCAAAACAAUAACUCCAGAUAAUGUAGCAGUUGAGAAUAACACUUUGAUUAGAUCAUCGGUCGAAAACGAUUAUCCUCUUGUUUCGGAUUCAAGAAAAAAUUACGAACCGAUCGGUUUCCAAAAAGAAAAUGAACGUAUUUUAAAUUCAUUUGUGACGAAAGAUACUUUUAAUGUACAUCAAAGUACUCCAAAAAAAGUUCAAAGAAAAAAUGAAACAGUUAUCGAAAUUAGUUCAUCAUCAGAAACACAAAUGGUCGAACCAUGUAAUAAUAAUACAAAAUCGAAAUUCGAUAUUAAAAAAAUCCACCAGGAACGUGCAUCUGAAGGGGUACUAACAACAGAAAAGAACAUUUCGACAAAUAAAAUGUAUGACGAAGAUUGUGAAAGAAAUAAUCAAUGGGAAACGAUCAAUUCAGAAAAAUAUAACGAAGAUGAUACAAGAAAUUCAUUUAUAUGUAAAAACUUACAAACAUCUUUCGAAAAUAAUUCAUCAGUAGAAACUCAAAAUUUCGAAACGAAUAUAAAUAAUACAGAAAUCGAUAUUGAGAAAAUCUUCCAGAAACGUGCAGCCAAUAAGUCAUCACCGUUAAUUGAACGUAGAAAAUUAACGAAAAUUUCACGAAUAUCCAAACCAAAACAAUCUAAUUUAGAAUUAUCUAAAACAGUCGAUAAUAGCUUUAGUUGCGCAACCGAGGACGAUGAUCACGAUGGUCAGCUUUUUUCAGAAUCUUAUAUCGGAAAAGUAAAUGCUGUUCGGAAAAGUAAAUGUGAAAAUUUAGAGAGAAGUCCUAAAGUUGUUUUAGAAAAUAUAAAUCCAAUACCACAUAUACAAUAUAGUUUACGUGGUCGAGUUCGAUCUGGACCGUUGAAAUAUUGGGAAGGCGAAACAUUAGAAAAACUUGUGAAAAACACAAACAACAAAGAUCAAAAAUCAAAUGAAUCUGAAGACAGAGCAGAUAAAAUAGAAGUAAAACCAAAAAGAAGGGGUCGAAAAAAAUCGAAUACGAAGAAGAAUGUAUCAGAUGCCAUAAUUCACCCCGCUCUUCGUCCCGAAAAUACACCAUAUUUAUGUCAUUCCAAAAAUGGACGUGUGAAAUUAUAUGACAGCACUGUUGAAGAACAAAUUGAUAUUGUUUUAGGCGAAGAAAAUUUUUCCAAUCUUUCUCAAUUUACAGAAUUUUAAUUUUUAUUUACUCGUUUAAUAAUUUAAUUAACAUGAUUAUUUUAAAAUUUAAUUCAUAAUUACAUUGUCUAAGAUUGCGGCUUAGGGUUGACGUCCCACAUCUCGGCAAGACUAGCGAUUAUUAAUAAUUAUAAUGGUUGUAAAUACAGGGUGCUUCUUUUUAUAUAUGUAUGAAACUCGAUAAAUUAAAAUCGAGUAAAAAUGCUUCAAACGAUAAAUUUUACUUUCAAAG